AAAGAAUCCUCAUGAGGAUAUUUCAAGCGUAAUUCAAUGUAAUGAUGUCAAAAUAGGACAAAUAUCAUAUCAUAUUUCCAUUAUAAUUUCUGGAUCUCAAAGCUCAUAAAAUAUUUGAAGUGAAUGGAGAAAAAAAUCGAUUGACAGCUGGUUAGUUUGUCAAAUGUCCUUUUCAAUUUUAUAUGUCAAAUAUACAAAAAAAAACAAUCUUAUUGAUAAUACGAAAACAACAGAAAAGGAUCGAAACAAAAUUAAGAAAUUACGGCAUCAAAUGAGUAGGAUAAUUGAAUUUUUUUAAAUUAUUUAAAAACAUGCCAACUGCCGCAAAACAUUUUGUCUACUAUUUUUGUUAUGGUUCGAAUCUGCUCAUUCAACGAAUGAGAAUCAACAAUAAAAGUGCAACUAAACAUGCCAAUGGAUUAUUGACCGGAUUUAAACUUUCAUUCGCUGGUAAUUCUCAAUUAUGGAAGGGUGCAACGGCUAAUAUUGUACAGGAUUCGAAUAGUGUCGUUUAUGGUGCUGUCUAUACACUUGACAAAGAUGACAUUGAUAAUCUAGAUCGACAAGAAUGUGGCUAUGAUCCUAUAGAAGUCAUAGUAAAACUAUAUGAAACCAAUGAUCAACCAAUGAUAACAUGUCGUACGUAUGUACAGAAAUCUAAUUAUGCCAAUGUCAACGGAAACGAACCGAUUCCAAGUCGACUAUAUAAAGAAAUUAUCAUCAAGGGUGCCAAAGAGAAUAAUUUACCCGAACAUUAUAUCGAAAAUGUUAUCAAAACAUUCAAGGAUAAUGGAAUUAUUGAAUGUGGCCCGUCUGGAUUGAAUGAAUUUCUCAAGAAUUAGAAUUAAUAAAUUUUUAAGCAAAUAAUUUUGUUGUUAGAAAAUAAAAGGGCAAAUUUUUUCCCCAUGUUUUAGAAGAAUUAAGCAUUUUAAUCUUCAUAUAAGUAGGAGAUGCUUUACUUGGAAAAAAUGGCAAAUAGUAGUUCCAAAAAGACAAAGUGCCAUCAAUCUG